AUGGAACCUGUAAUUGAUACAGUGCCGUAUGAGUACGAGGCUCUGACAGAAUCCGACGAGUCAUUGAACUCUACCCGUCCCACGAUAAAGAAGCGAUGCGAUCUUCUAUGCACGACGCUCCAAUUUCAAGCUCAAGAAGAAAUCAACUGCUCUUACACGGCGCUGCCAUAUGUAUGGGGCGAUGCGACGGAUACAACUCUUGUUCUUAUAGGAGGGAAGGCUCUGUUCAUUACUAAGAGCCUGGACUGUGCUUUGAAGCACUUAAGGGAUAAGCGACAGAUUGUAUACAUCUGGGUAGAUGCUAUUUGCAUCAAUCAAAACGAAAUCGAGGCACAAAACCAGCAGGUUUAG